GCUAGAUUUCUAGCCCAGUAUAGAUUUGAUGUAUCAAAGAUGGAACCAUUGGUUGCGAGGCCACAUUCCCCUGAUAAUCGUGCUUUGGCAAGAGAAUGCAACCAUGUGAAAAUUGACAGAGUAUACAUUGGAUCCUGUACUGGUGGAAAGACUGAAGAUUUUAUGGCUGCAGCAAAAGUUUUCUUAGCGGGUGGAAAAACUGUCAAAGUUCCUACUUUUCUUGUUCCUGCUACACAGAAGGUUUGGAUGGACCUGUACACACUUGAGGUACCUGGUUCAGGUGGCAAGACUUGUUCAAAGAUAUUUGAAGAAGCUGGAUGUGAUCAUCCAGCAAGUCCUAGUUGUGCUGCAUGUAUGGGUGGUCCAAGAGACACAUUUGGACGUUUGAAUGAACCCCAGGUUUGUGUCUCAACAACAAAUCGAAAUUUCCCUGGUCGGAUGGGGCACAUAGAAGGCCAGAUAUAUCUUGCUUCUCCGUAUACUGCAGCAGCAUCUGCACUAACUGGUUUCGUAACUGAUCCCAGGAAGUUCCUGUAGAUAAGCUACCAUGUGUAGACAGCAGUUUCUACCUACUUGGAAAAAUAAAUGAUAGAACUGGAAGGAUUUAUAUGCUAGAGACAGAAUCAUGCAUUUGGUAAAAAUGAGCUUGUAAGCAGGAUUUUUAAAACUACAGCAGUUGGAAAGUUGUCAAGAUAGAUUGGUAUGGUUGAUAAUGUUUACAGAACAAGAUAUACAUGCAAGGGUUUCUGUUGAAAUUCAUCUGCUACAUUACAACACAAGAAUAAUACCAUGCUUCUUAAUCAAUCACAGGGUGUGUUUUUCUUCUUCUUAUAGUUAAUUUCCUCAUGUUAUCAAGCAAGAAUUGUCAAUGAGUUGAGGAAUCUGAAACUUUUGAAAUUUGCCUCAUAAAUGCUUACUCAAGCAUGUUUAUUUAAGCACAAAAUAGUUGACUUGAGUACUUGACAUGUAUAUCCCAUGGAGAUUCAUAUA